AUGCCUAUACUUGAAUGUUUUUUUUUUUCAGCACAGCAGCCCAAUGCGCUAGUAAUUAGGUCACGAUUGCACUCAUACGUGACUGUGCGGCAACAUACCCGCAAGGCUAUCACUGAUCGGAACAUCGGCAUUGUCAUCAUCAUUACAACAAGGGAACGCCCGUGGGUUGACUGCAUUCUGCGAAGUUAAUUUAGAAACAUAGAUUUUCCUGUUAACGUUGCUUUAAUUUCACUGCGAAUUUGGCCGUCCUUUAUGUGGGCCGACUCGGAAACCACAGUUCAAGCAGAAAUGAAGCAGAGCCGCUGCCUAUUUGUUGUAAGCAUGUGACCUAUCAUUAUACACUUGAAAGGAAGACAAAGAAAACGUCCUUUAUCGACGGAAUCUUGAAGAAGCAUAUAUAGGGUAAUUGCUGCACAGUCUGGUAACGCUGUUCCUUCUACGUUAUAUAUUUCGGGCGCCUUCCACAAUACCCAGGAUGCUGUUCUGUGCUGAUAGCUUUCACGUGACCUUAUGUACCCAGCUUAUCAGUGUGCCGGUGCACUAGCAUGGCGGUUACGAUGAUCUAAGUGCAAGUAAUCUAUACGAUAGCUUCCUCACGUGGCGUCACGGACGCAGCUUAUCAUCAUGUCAGUGCACCAGACGCCAGUGGAAGCCAUCUAUCCUAUACUAUGUCAACUAUCCUAAGCCAUCUAUCUAGCUAUAUCCUCCAGGUGCGCAAUGUGGACGAUCUCUUCCAUGUUUGUUUUCGAAGCCAAUCAGAGAGAGCGUAGCCCCGCUGCGAGCCAACCAUAAAUGACAAGAUGGCGAAUUUGGUAACAUGGCGGAAUUUCAACACCAUGUAAAACAUUUCCUGGCUCUACUCGCUCGUGUGGUUUCCCCGAGAUUGCCAGUGCCUCACUUACAUCCAAGGGGUCGACCGUGAGCUAUUUCCUCUUCCGGCUGCAGUACGCUGUGAGCGGCAAUUCGAGAUACGGAAGACAACGAGCUCGAGCUGUUCGUUUGUGAUUCUCUUUUUGUAUGCGUGUUUGUUUUGACACUUGGAUAUAGGAAAGGAAGAAAAAAAGAACGAUCUAGAUCACGACCAAUGUGCAAACAGCCCAUCGAUCUCAUUUUCGCUUUGCCUCGGCAAUUAAGCGUUAGUUCAUGAGUUCUCCAACGCAUUCUCCGCACGGAUGUCGAUAGGCUGUCGAAGCAGAGAAUUUCCGUCACAGCCGUACUCGCUCUCCAUCUCUAAACAAAACGCUGCAGCUCGCGGCGUCAAGAGAAAGCGACCGACCGCUGGCCGCUGCGGCCACCCUUAUCCGGGCAUAAAAGAAAAACAGAAACGAAGCGAAAAGUUCUAAAUGGCGGUGGCCGAAGAAGCCGCCGCCGCAUCGGCCAAAAUACUUCCCGUUCAAUUCCUCUCGCUGUGCCGCUGCCUAGAAACGACGCUAGCGCCGCACGUACCCACCGAUUGCGUCCUCUUUCCUUUUACCUCCCCUCUCUCUCAACGCCAGGGCCGCGGUGUUACGUCAUAUUGGCGUCACCGGAAAACGUCACGCGGCGCGGCGCAUCGAGAAAGGUAUCCCAGCGCUCCCUGCGGCGCCAGCCGGUGGCUAAGGCCGCUAAGGGAGGGCGGCGCGGGCGAAAACGACAACGGCGCGGGGAGGACCCAGAGCCUGGACGGCGGCCGCUUGUUUUUCCUCUCCGCCGCGCUAUGUGAUCGUGUGCGCCGCGCUGCGUCGCGCCGGCAGUUUCGCCUCUCUUCAGCUGUUUGGGCGCUGCUCGCUGCUGAAUCGUUGCUACGCCGUUUGGUCGGCCGGCGCAAAAGCGCGCGUGUUAUCGGGUGCGUGUGUUGUUUGUGAGUGUCGUGCCGUGAUCGACGCGUGUCUGCCAACCGAGAUCGUCGCAGAAGGAGAAAAGGGGUGCGUUUUCGUGCAUGUGCGCGACGUCUGCGUCGUCGUAAGAGCGAAACACCGUGCUGGUGAAAAAAAGAAAAAAAGAAAGUGAGACAGUGAUUGACAGAACGCCGUCGGCGAGACGACGCUCGAACCUGCACCCUCAACAAACCGUCACGUCGCAGCUCUUCCACUUGAUCCGGAAUCGGAGACGCAAGUGAAAGCGACACACGCCACGGGACGCCCCGCUUCCCGUCUGUCAUCCUGUGUUUCGACGCGUCGGGCUAGUUCAGACGACGACAAGGAGGAGGCGUCGUUGGUAGGAGGGAAAGGUUUCCGAUCGGCGCUCUUCCACAUGCCGGCAGUUUCGGAACCCGUGUUCCUCGCUCUCCUCGCGGCGUCCGAGCCGCCCGGUGCUGGUGCGUGAUAGAAAGAAACCAGGCUCCCUGCUCCGAGGUCCCAACUUGACCGCCGGUCGGCAUGGCGACAGGGUCUUCGGUGGUCGCUGCCGAUCACUCAUCCGGCAGCGGCUACGUUUCCGUCUGGCUCCGGCCCCCCGAGCAACAGGCUGCUACCGGCCCCGCUGCGCGGGCUGCCCGAGCAGCCGGCGGCAAGUGGGCCCUGACCGCGACCCUGGGAACCGUAGCGCUCGCCUCGCUCCUUCCAGAAGUGGCGCGUUGCCUGGUGUCCAGUUGCGUUCCGCUGUGGGCAAUCCUGUGCGCGCACUACUGGUUCUGCCUCGCCACCCGCGGGACCUUCAAGGCCUCGGACGGCUUCGUGGUCGCCAUGUCCGGUAUCGUGGGCGACCUGUCGGCCGGAGGAGUGGCGGGACGUCUUCCGAGUCCCGCCGGACUCGUCGCUUCGACGGCGGUGUGGGCCGCGGUGUGUCUUUCGGCGUGCGCGGUGGCCGCGCCGCGAGCGUUGGGUGUCUUGCCGUCACUGGCGGCGUUGCGGCUCGUGGCCAUGGUGUCCCUCGUCGGUGGGUGGCCGUGUUGGGUGCGCGCCACCAUCGGUCACCUGUGCGGACUGUGCGGACUCCUGGCGGCUCGCUUCACCGAGGCGCAGCUCCGCGCGGGUCACGUGUCUUCGCUGGUGUCGCCCGACGGAAGGCUGCUGGCCGUGCGACGGCGUCGCACCGGCAGCUCGCCAGGACUGCAUGGACUCGGCUCCAAGGGACGCCGCACGUCGCUGCCAGUGCUGGGACAGCGUCAGCAGUACUACGGACCUGGGUACCAGAAUUUCAGAAGAGACAAAAAAAAUCGCACGUUCCUGGAUUCCGAAACCACUCGAAAUCAGUACUCUUCCGAGUAUCGAAGCGACAACUGUAUUCGACAGGGCUCCAGCUCGACCGUGGACGUCGCUCUGCUGGCGGAGGCACACGGCCUGGUGACGGACAUGCUGCUGGACCCGAACCUCCCGCCGCACGUGGUGAGCGGACUGCGCGCGCUGGCCACGCUCCUGUCGCCGCCGAGCCACGGGCCGCCCCAGCCGCGGCCCAGGCCCGGCGGCGCCUCGGUCUCGCUGGCCGACUUCAACUGCGGCUCGGACACGGAGGAGAUACCGUACACCGGAGAGAGACCGUCGGCGCUGCCCAAGAGGCUGCGCCGCAAUCUUCCUCCGGGCCUGCUCCGGCGCAUGUCGACGAGCACGUGGACGACGACAACCUCGGCGACGGGCAUGCCCACGCUGGAGCCAGAGCCCAGCCGAAAGAGGAGCACUAGUUUCAGGCACGCGGCAGCCGCCGCCGAGGGGUCCGCCGUCGCCCAGCACCAGGCAUUCCUGGCGAACCACGCAGCGGCGUCCGGCGGUUCGUCGGCUCGCGGCCCGGCGUCCAGCUCGUCGGCGCUGCAGCCGAAGGGCCGCUCGUUCUCGACGACGGCCAUCCCGUCGUCGGCGCUCUCCCGGCGCGGCGUGCGCGAACGCAAGACGGUGUGCAGCCUCCACCCGCUGAGCCUGGCCGCCGGGACGACGCCCGGCGCGGCGGCGGGCGAGGCCGCCGCCUCGGCGGACCAGCAGCAGCAGCAGGCCACGUUGCCUUCGGUGCGCCGGCUGCACACGUCCGACUACGACUCCAGCAACGACUCGCCCAGCGGGUCGGACACCAACGACCCGGCGAGCGGGCCCAACGUGCUGGAGGGUGCACUGAGGUCGCCGCAGCAGGCGACGGCCGCGGUGGCAACGGCGACAACGGCAGCGACGACGGCGGGACCCGUUCGGUGUGGACUCUGCGGGGCUCGGGUGGGCGCGACGCUAGCGGCAAGGCCCCGCGAGAGACGCCUCGAGGACGCCACUGGUGCCAAAGGGGACGAGGACUCGGGAUCGGGGAACGAGGGGGACGUCGACCGCGAAGAAGGGGGUGGCCUCUACGUGGGGGACACCCUCUUCCUGCCCGACGAAAUCGUCCGCGACCCACUGCUGGGCCGGAUAGCCGAGUGGGACUACCCUAUAUUUGAUCUCAACAGGCUAAAUCCGGACACCAUACUCAGCAAGAUGUGUUAUCGCGUAUUUUUAGAAGUUGGUCUGUUCGAUGCCUUCAAAAUCCCGGAGCCCGAGUUUCUCCAUUACUUCCACGCACUCGAGAGUGGUUAUAGAGAAAAACCAUAUCACAAUCGAAUGCACGCCGCGGACGUCCUCCACGGGGUGUACUACCUGACGUCGCAAGCCAUUCCUGGUUUUACACAAGUGGUGCCGGACACCACGGACUCACCACUACAUAAGACGGCCGGAAACUUCCUAGCAGAAGAAACUUAUGGCAUCAUGGGAGCCAACUUUCCGGCGCUAGAACUGAUGGCCCUCUAUACAGCAGCCGCAAUGCACGACUAUGACCAUCCUGGCAGAACGAACGCGUUUUUGGUCUCCACGUAUGCACCACAGGCCGUAUUGUACAACGACAGGUCGGUGCUGGAGAACUACCAUGCAGCAUCUGCAUGGACGUUAUUCCUGUCCGAGUCCAAUUUUAAUUUCCUCGUACACUUGGACAAGGCAGAGUUCAAGCGGUUUCGCUUCCUCGUCAUUGAGUGCAUUCUCGCCACCGAUCUCAAGAGGCAUUUCGAGAUCCUUGCCGAAUUUAAUGCUAAGGCAAAUGACACAGAUGCCCCGGGGAUCGAUUGGAACAACGAGACUGACCGGCUGCUGGUCAUGGAGAUGGCCAUCAAGUUGGCCGACAUCAACGGGCCUUGCAAGAGGCACGACAUCCACGUGCAGUGGACAUACAGGAUAGCCGAAGAAUUUUACGAGCAGGGCGACGAAGAGGCGACGCUGGGCAUGCAGGUAUCGCCGUUCAUGGACCGCUGCAACCCGCAGCUGGCGAAGCUGCAGGAGUCCUUCAUCAACCACCUGGUGGCUCCUCUGUGCAACGCAUACGGCGAAGCCGGCCUGCUGCCCGGCCACUGGGUCGAGGCGUCCGACAGUGAAGACGAAGGCGGCACUGACAAAACCGAUUCCCAAACCGGAAGAGAUACGGAAGAGGAAACGGAAGGGGAAACAUCUGCAAGCGAUGGUGGAGGUAUGCGAUUCUACAGUUUGAAGGCAAUAGCAUGGUGUGGUCGACCGUGGAAGAGGCCCAGUCAGCAGCUUCAGCCACGGAAGGUGAGCUGCCUCCAGACGCAGCACCUCCAGGACAACUACGAGCACUGGGUGAACAUCCUGAAAGAGGAGAACCGGCUCAAGGAGCAGCAACAACAGCAGCAGGGCGCUGCCGCCACCGCCGCGUCGUCAUCGACGUCUCCGAGGGCAGCCACGGCGCCCGCGGCCCAGGACGACCGCGCCGCCUCAGAGGACGACGAAGACGACGGGGACGACGGGGAGUCGGACGACUGCGAGGACGACGACGACGAGGACGACGACGCAGAGUCGCAAACGGGUGUCGUCGGGGCCGACGCGGUGGUGGUGGCGGCUGCGCCGUCGCCGCACCAGGACGAGAUGGAGACCAUCCAGGAGGUGGAGGAAGGCGCGCUCGGAGGCCAGGGCUCAACCAAGACGUCGCCAUGCUCAGGAAGCUGCUAGCAGUGCUGCGAGGACGCAGGGCGGUGCGAAGACGCUUGCUGCCGUCGACGACGCUGUUGUUUCUGGUGCGUCACACCCACGUCCACUUCCGCCGUCACCGCUGAGCGCAGGACCAGCGACGCCCGGUCGCGAACAACGGUCUAGCUUCCCCCCUUCAACCGAGGAAGGUUCUUCCUGGAAACAGACCGACCGCUGGGGCGCUCCGCCUGAGAUCAACUCCCCCCACCCAACCACCGCCGCCGAGAGGAUGGGCCCAGCGAGAAACAACAGCCUCUGGCGACAAUCAUCAUAUCAGGAGCAGGCCCUCGGUACACAGGACACACCACAGACAGACACACACGUCUUCGCCGGUCUCGCCCCGAAGGCUCGCGCAUGCUGGCAGAAAGGCGCCGGCUGUCGCUCCAUCCGCUUGGCGCCUGUGUUCUUGCAGCGCGUGACGUCACAGUAGUUGGAAGGGUUCCGCGAAGGUUCGUUCGCCUGGUCGCGGAUCGUGCGAAUGACACUGCAGUAACGAGCCGCGUCCUUGAGUGCCGGCUGUCGCUCCUGCCGCUUGGCGCCUACGCUCUUGCAGUGCGUGACGUCACAAUCGGCGUGACGUCUUAAUAGUUGGGGGUUUCGCGAAAGCUCGUGGGGUCGCGGAUUGCACGAAUGACGCAGAAGUGACGAGCCUCGUCCCGGAACGCCGGCUGUCGCUCCUUCCGCUUGGCGCCUGUGCUUGCGUAAUGUGUGACGUCAGCGUGAUGUCUCAAUCAGGCUGACGACCCACCAGUUCAAAGACUUUGCGAAAGUUUGUCUUUUCGCGGAUUGCGUGAAUGAUGCUGCAGUAAGCGGACGUGCCCUAGAAUUGCAAUUGACGCUUUGAAGCCGGCUCGGGUCAGAAGCGCGCAAAGGACUUUACACACGCAGUCCUUAUGGUUGCGAGAUUUAGACAUCACCUUCCAGGGGAUGUUUUUGAGCUUGUUCUUGUUCCUUGCUCUUGUGAGCCAGACAAAAGUUUCCUGCUCCAGGCGACCCUUCUUGUGCUUGUUUUAGAACGGCAUAUAUGUCGCCCUCUGUCACUCCAUUUGCAUUUCAGGGCACGGCCAGUAUCUGCCAUUAUUUCUUCACUCACGCCAACUUUUCAGACGUCCACGCAGCUGUAUUUCCAAGAGAUGCCGCGCAGGGUGUCCCGAAGAGAUUGAACUUGGCGCAAUUAUUCUGAGCGAAGUCGCACGAUAUUCCCCAAGGAUCCAGGAUCCAUCUGCGUACUCGUCACAGUGCGCGAGAGUGGAUGCCAGUUCGGACAACGUUCUUCGUGCGGCUCAUCAUUGAAGCUUUCGUACCGGAUGGAGCCGCCAGAUGUCUCCGUAGCGCCACUGGCAUUCGGGCGUCAGCGCUCGGACCAGCACGCUUACUUCGCGACCCGGAGCACCUUUCGAUAGAGUUACUCCAUAUACAGUAACUCCACCAGUCGGCAACUGGAGGCGGCAUCUAUCGGCGGUUUGCAGAAAGAGUGACAGUCGGCGCCUUUCCCGAAGCCUUCCUAGGACCAAAUGGCGCCUGGUGUGAAAACCAGUGCUCUGUACUGAACAGCUUUUGUUUUCUUUGCCGACGUGUCUUCUUACGUUCCUGUUUUCUUCCUCGGCAACGAGCUUGGCGAGCAAACACUUCUUCCACUGGUCGGCAGGCGCUUGAACAUUACGCAGGCGGGCAUCAUCGGUGGCUGCCAGACUUUUUUUUUUCUCCCUCUCAUAACCGAAAGGCGAGCCCACCACUUUAGCAUUGCGGUACCCCACUGUGGCAGAGACGAUUGUGAAAACAAUGCGAGAGCGUCGUCACCCGUCACCCUCGCUGAGGGUGCCACGUGUGAAACGUAGAAAUCGAUAUUUAAAGCAGGCCGGGGGCAAUGCGGACCCGGCACGGCGACUGGCACGGACUGGAGACCACUGCGCAUCUGCUAAAGGAAUCCUCGGAGGCUGCUCUCUCAGAAAGAAAAGGCACAUAUUGAACAAAAUCUGCACAUUUCGUAUAAGCUUAAUUAUUGUGUUAAAUAACAUAUGAGGUUACCAAAUUUCGCUGAAGUAUAGGGUUUAACGUUUCGCAACUAGACACUGAGUUACAAGGGACGUCCUACAGUGGGGGGCUUCGGGUUAAUUUUGGCCACGUGGGAUCUUUUGACAAGCAUAAUGCAUUGAUAUCAUAUCACAUGCAUACACAUCUGCAUGCGAUCACGUUACUGUGGGUUACCGCACCCCAAUGAAAUAUCCCGUAUGCCGCAUAUAUCCUGCAUCCAUAAUCCUAUAUGAUCCGGUAUGAAAAUCUGUAUGAACCAAUAUAAACCCAUAUGGUCGUAUAGUUUUAUGGUACAGAACAUAUGGAUAUUCCUUUAUUAGGGCACAUUUGCGACAUAUAUCAGUCUUUUAUUUUUCUGGGGCUUUAAGAGCAGAUCCUUGAGCUCGUAUAAUUUUCCCAUUGAUUUUUAGCCCUUUGGCUAGGAGAUGUAGUAAUUGGUGUUCAGGAUAAAUUUUAGUCGUAUGGGAUUAACUUGCGCAAAUUUAAUUUUAACAACGGAAGUCAUUUUGCAUUCCACCGAUAUAGCAAUGCGGCCAUUGGAACUGGGAAUCGCACCUCAUGACCUCGUGCGUGGUAGCACAGCGCCGUAGCCAAUGGGCUGCCGGGGCGGGUCUAUGUCGCCUGUCGUGCUGUUGCAGGGCCACUGGUCUUGCAACAUAGAAAUAAGGAAUUACUCGGCUUGAAGGUACACCUUGUAGUUUUCAGUUCUCAAUGCGUGGACCGUUUUUUUGACGGGGACAUUACGUGCCCACGAAACUUAUUUUCAAGGUAUCAAUAGGAGCUGUGUGCAACCCGCGUCGGAAGCGGUCGAUUUAGCAGGAGGUCGUACUGCCUUUUCAGUGUCUCAGAGAACCGAGUUUUAUGAUUUAGCUUAAAUGGCAUCGGCGCGUCGUAAUGACCCGCCGUGUGUGUGUUCACACAGUAGGUGAGGAGGGGCGGAAAGAGGGUACUGCCGUUCCGCCAAUGAGUCCGGCUUUUGCGUCACAGAGCGCAGUGUUUUAUAUCGACCACCUCCUCUAUAAUUUGUUCGCUGCCUUUAUUUCACCCACCGCUCGUAGCUUACCGAGGCUUAGGACGCCAGGAUCUGCUAGUCAGUGCAAUGCGUAGUAUAUAAACGCGCCGACUUACGCGCUCAUUUCUGUGUUGUGCUAGGAAUCCUUUGAAGUGUGAACAUUGGGGAAUCGCAUCGGUUUUGUCUGCUGGUAGGCAAAACUAUCUGACGAGUGUUCUCGUUUCCGUUCUCGUUCUCUGUUUCGGAGUUUGGCAAUGUAUGUUCGUAUCCACGUGACAACUAGGCAACAAGGUGCAGGUAUGCACCAGCAUGUUUUGUUAUUCGUACUUUCAUCACAGCAUAAAUCAAAAGCUGUUUGGCUGUCGUCAUUCUUGAGCGUCGCUUACAGUAUAUUGCGGGUUUAUUCUAGUCUAUCACUACGCUACCUCUUGUUUCACGAAGGCAGCUCUGCCCUCGUUACGACUAUUUUGUUUGUUUGUUUAUGCUUGCCCCAGUCUUGUCAGAGGUCAUCAGUUUGUUGAUAGCAACAGAAGAUUUCUCGUGUUUUUGUUUUUUUUAACUGGGAUUGCUUCUUUAAGUUCUAUUAUACUCGGUAGACGAAUUAUGAAAGAGCUACCUACUCUUUUUAACAAUUCUUAUUUAGUGUACACACAUACACGGACAACAAUAACUGUACACUUUCGUCGAAUUCAACGAUGUGUCAAGCGAUGUCGUAUCUACUUGUCUGCAUUUGCUAAUUUGUUUAGUUUUCUCAUACCCUGAUCGUGUAAUGAAUCUAGAGGAAGUGGCAUAGAGCUAAACCUUAAUGUCAUCUAAUUUUGUUUUCUGCAACAAGUACAGAUGAGUAAAUAGAACUUGAAUAAAUGCUCGUUGAUUUUCUUACAUAAAUACUAGCAAUGACUGAGCUGCUACUUUACUUUGUAGUGGGACUCACUGCAAUGUGGAUAAAAAUUGCGCAGACCGUUUUCCUUAUCGCUGCCAUUUGGGUUCGGGUUUUUCUAUCAACUAAUUUUAACACACAAUCCUUGGUACAAUCCCCUUAUGGUGAUCAUAUCCCCCAAAAGUGUGUAGAUGGUGGUAGUAGUGUGGUUGCUAGCUGUCCCGAAUUUACCACGAUUAAUGGAACGUUGGUGAAAAUUAAUUGACAAUAAUGACUUAGAUUAUCACUCACCACAGAGCCUGCCCUAGCAAUUACGCUAUUCGUUGGAGUUUACUAAACCACUGUUCCUACUGGGGAAAUUACCAUCAGCUUGGAGGCGUCACUUAUUGUGUUUUUAAGCAAAGGAAAAUUGGCAGCCUUUCAUUGCAUAAAACAUCGACCACGUUGGAGAUUUUCACAGAAUUCAUUUGCUUUGUGUUGCCAUACCCAUGUAAACUUUUUUCAUUGUAAGAUUACUCAGCUCGCUUUUUCUACUUGCUGUUAAGGGUUUUAGAUGAUAGAUCCCAUGAUUCUCAUACUGUAACCCAUUGUUUGUGAAACGUUGUGUAUCUAAAGCUAAAAAAAAUUACGUUGUUGGUAUUCUUUCUAUUGUGUCUGAAGUAGUCAAUUUUUUUAUUUUUUUUUUUGCCUUUUGGUACGCUUCAGUAUUGCAAUCGCUCCAUUGAGACAUUUGUUUAAGUACAAACAUUCAUCUAUAUUCUUUAUAACUAAGGAUGCAUGCGUUCAGCAUUUUUUAAUGGCUCGUGGAAUGUAAACAAUGCAUUGGAGUGUUCCACAAUCAGGGCCAAUUAGAAUAAGCUCUUAACCAUUUACACAUACUUCAUUUUACAACACGCGUGCGUUAUGAAGGGUUCGGGGCAUUACGUGCGGUACAGGUGUGUUCUUGUUCCGCGGCACUCAUGUGAGAGUCAUCUUGUUUGGCCAAGCGAAUAGUUAGUCCCUCCUAACGAAAAUCAUUGCACUUUCGUUUACUUCUGGAGCCAGUCUUUAAGCGUCAUUUCGAGGCGCGAUUUUAUAGAGUCCAGUGCGCUUAAGUGGUUUCACCUUAUUGUUCUGCUUUCCUCUCGUUAAUAAUUCUGUCACGUGUCGUGAGGCAGAUUCUGAAAGUGCUCUUUGUAGUGCUCAUUUCGACAAGCACUUUUAUGACCUUCAGUGCGCUCAACUGCUUUCACUUUCUGGUUCCGUUUCCCGGUUGUUAGCAAUGCUAUCACGAGUCGUGAGCCAGGUACCAUAAAUGCCAUUUGCAUGCUGCAAACACUUUUGCUUCUGACCCGUCACGAUUUGCAGUCAUUUACACAACAGAAAAUGUACCACCUGUUGAGUGAACGAACGUGUGGCGAGUGUUUGGUUAAUGGUUCGAGGCAUCGAAAGGUUUACCGUCAACGUUAGGGUAUAGGUGCCGCGUAAGGACACACUCUACACUCUUGAGAAUUUUGAUGACCCAGCAAGGACGGUGAGCAACUGUAGACCCACAUUUUAGCAGACGCUUCCAUUUACGUUCAUACCAGAAGUGCAUCGCGCAGCGCUUAACCAGAUCAGCACAGCUAAUCAAGCAUCGACAUAACGAAGCGAUAACGGAUAUAACGAAGCAUCGGAUAUAACGAAGUCCACUAAAAAUUUUCUGGCUGCUACUAGCGCGUAAUGAAUAUAUGCCUAUAACUAAUAUCGCAUAUAAAAACGGAAUUUUCGCGUCAGAUGCAACUUCAUUAUGACGAGGUUCUAACGUAUUCAGUUUUUCUAACUUUCUGCAAUACAAAAAUCUAAAUGCCGGUCCCCUCCGGUAGUUCAUUUGUACAAGUACAAAAGCUGGACCUAUAGUAUUAGCACGAAACAAUCGACCAUUCAUCCCUCCUUCGCCGACAAUCUCCGGCGCUAGUUGAUUGGUUCGACUGUCACAGGCGGCGUUGCAGUCCGCACAUUGCCAGACGUUGAUCUCAAAGCUCCACACUGGUUUUUUUAUACAUGAGAGGUCUACGGAGUUCGCAGCUGGUGUGGUUUCGUAGCUAUGUAUUGUCAGCUAUAGUUACAGCAAAGCGUUCUCGUAAUGUUCUAGUGCUCUGCCACAUCAACUGAAAUCAUGCUGCUUGUUGAUGGUUUUGGGAGACCCCAGGUGCCGCUCGAGGGAUCCAAAUUAUUUUUCGUCCUUUUAUGUCGUUUGCAACUAGUUGAUUUUACGGCGCCUGCUUUCCGCGGAAGCACACUAAGCCAGAAUGCUAUCCUAGACGUUCCUUGCAGCUAUGCUCACACUCCUGCCGUGUUGAAUGAUUGUUGCCCCCUCCCCCAUCUUUUACUGAGCAAUUAAUCACUACAUACUCGCAUAGUGGUUGCGCGAUAGUGGUGAUCCAACACAUUAAGUUUUCUUUGUUGAGGAGAGCGUGUUAUAAUGCGUUUCAAGGUUUACUAUGGCUUUGCUGUGGCCAGAUAUGUUUUGUCAGCGCCUUUGCUCUGCUGUUAAUUUUUUUUUGUCAUUGUUACCUCUCUGCAGCCGUUUUUCCAAGUGUGUCUUUGGCGUACAGGGUCCCUGCGUCUUUCGUUUUAUGGUGAUAUAAUAGGAUUCAGAUAUACUAGGAUAGUAAACGAGAUAAAUGAGCAGCCAGUGCAAAGAGAGGGAGCUGCGGUAUACAUAUACGAUAAAACAUAGCACCGCGCAAGAACGUAAGCACUUUUGUGACAUACUUUUUUUUUUCUUCUUCGUUCCUUGUCCAUACUGCGUCGUGAAGCAGGAAGUGCACACUUCGGACCAGGAACUGUGGUGGCGUUGCUUGCUCGCUGAGUUGACAGACAUCUUACCAACAGGCUUCAAUAUGCAGGCAAAAUAGGGAGCUUUAGCGACCCUCAAUUUCUGUUCUAGCAAAUGGUGGCCGCGGUGACGAGCUCUGUGCGAUACCAGUGCUACUGCACACGGCAAGAAAUGCCUUGAAGCUCCUUGCGCAUGACCCGUUGUGGCAAGCCUGCAUACCUUGCUCUAUCCAAGCCUGUAAUUCACAGUGAUGCUAACUCUGUGUAUCUUUAGUGUGUAAGCCUAGGAUUUUUGCCUGUUAGUUUUGUGAGCCCGGAGAAUAAGAAAUUCGUCUUUGUUAUGCGUCAUAAGCUCAGUGAUGCUGCUUAGUCUUAACGUGUGUGUGCAUGUGUCGUGGGACAUGAUAAAAUAGGAACUCAAAGUCUGAUCACUUUCAUUCGACAAAAAAAUAACGUCGUAGACAUUACCGUUGCCAGCGUAAGCAUUAGAGCAACCCGAUAGGCGCCUUUGUUGUUUUGUGCUGCAACCAUGUCGAUGCCAAAUUUUUCUCUAUUGAAUCUACCUCUACCUUUCGAGUUGUCACAUAAUUCACUUCCGUAAGCGUUGUUUGAUAUUCGUGUCAUUUAAGGUUAGCUAAAUCUGUUGAGACGUGAUGCCCAUGGAGCGACCAGUUUUAUGAGGAAAGCAAAGGUAAAGAGUUUACAAAUUUGCUUCUACAAACAUUACGAUUGGCAUUCUAAGUAUCAUACUUUACACCGGUGGUUGGCAACACUGGUAGUGGUGAACGUGCGCAGUUGUCUCACGUCAAUACAUUUUCAUUAUCUUUCGCAUUCAAGACUCUGAGGCGCCGUGCGACACUACGAACCAAGCGAACGCUUGCUAUCGUGUCCAUGUUGAUUAUCGUCGAGCUUGAAUUAAGUUUGCAUGCACAGCUCGAUCUGCCCUAUCAUAUGGCGCAAACCGAAUCGCAAAUCGAAGUUGUAAAGCGAAAAUAUUACAGUGUUUCAGCCUGUCCGUAAACGUAUCACAGCUUACGCAGUACCGGAACAAUGCAGGCGUCCGCAGUAACGCAGGUGGCGCCAAAUCGUGACGCUGGCGUGAGAUAGAGCACAGAAAACCAUAACUGGAUGGUACGGCCAGGUUCUACCUAUCUGCUAGCGCAAGGUGUAGGCACCAACGAUAUUUAGUGCGCAGUGAAUUUCUUUGCCCUUUUAGUGGCACGACCAUCGAGUGACACUCUUGUUUCUCGCGCAGCACUUCCGGUUCUCCUGAGACGGCCGGGGUUGAAAUUCAGAGUAAAUGAGAAAAAAAAAUAAAAAUAGUACACUACAAAUUCAUGGGUCUUUCAAUAUAGAUAUGAUAUAAGCCCAUAUGUUUCAUUACAAGUUAAGUUACUGAAGUGUCUGGAAUAAUUAUAAUUAAUUACUCAUCGCUGAUUACCGCUCACCAAAGCACAUAAGUGUAGACUUUGGAGACCUGGCACAUGAGAACGACAUUCCGAAAUUCCUGGAAACCCAGAAGUAUAAAGCGCAAGUAAUGACGUCACACACAAGGUGGCAUGAUAUUUAACCGCCUAAUUAAGGGAAGACGGUUUCCUCGCAUUGACUGAACAUCUGCCUAGCAGAGCGGAUGUGACCUCACUCCCUCCUCUCUCGCUUCUCUUCUCCCGGCGGGCACCUGCUCGCUUGCUCGCAACUGCGCGCUCGCGCUCUUUACAUGCUCUGACGUCAGCACCGGAGAGGGCGCGUAAGGUGCACUUCGUGCGCCGCUCGCUAGGGGGCUACGCCCCGCCAGAUGGCGGACGCUGUGCUUCCUUCUCGCCCUCCCUCCCUCCUCGCCCGCAUAUCGUGCCAGGGAAAAGACGUUCGCUCGCUUAACCUGAAGAACACCAACGCCGAGGUGCGAGGGCCACUAAGAGACACUUAAGUCAAAGAUUAGGGUCGCCUACCGUUUUGCAUCUGCGAGAACAUUAACAGGACAUAAAAUCCUUUGUAACGCGUUGUUUUAGAAGAGAAUGUGCGAACAUUGCGCGCGCUUCUCAUCGAUCAUCAUCAUCUGUAAUGUAUCUAUGUAUCCGGUGUUCCGGUAUUGUUGACCUAUAGUGCGCGUUAGGACAGCUAAAACUCUCUUUUGGAGAGUUUUAGCAUAGCAGUAACGGGUUAGCGUAGACGUACGAAUGUCGGAAAUAGAGGAGGACUUCAGCAGCAGCACCGAUGUCGACAUAUUACAACACAGUGGUCGACUGUAACAUGCUAGAAUCAUUCUUAUGAUUGGCUCUUCUAUUCGAAAAUCGGCAGGAUUCCUUUGUGGUUGUUAUGUCGUUGCCUGCACGCUAGUGCCAGAAGACAGGUGAAAAACAAUCGUUCAUUGAAAUGAAACUUCUGCGCGCAUUGGUUAAGCACUGCGGUUUCGCAACAUUUCGUCAACAACGCCGUGUCUACGUCUUCGGGUACACGUUCUUGCUGAUGUGUCUAUGUUACGCGUACGCUGCGCACCGCAAUACGUAUGUGAGUAAGUAGUGGCUCCAUAUUUUGACGCCGUGUUCAACCAGCGUGUUAUAAACGUUCCUCCGCUCCAGUUCGCUGCAAUACUCUGUUGUCCAAAAAAAAACAUCAGGAACCUAAUAAUAAGAUUAACCUCGUGGCGGUUUUGUCGCCGCCGACACGUUUACGCCACCAUACAAUCUGUAAACACUCCCACCCAUUCGAACAAGAGUUCUUCUUGCUCUCGUCAUGCAAAACGUCACAAGAGGCCGCCACCAUCACUGCUGCUCGCGACCACAUCCUCUGGUAUUUCGCCGCACUACGUCUAGUACGUCUCCUUCAUAGCUUGAGCAUCGCAUACGAAAAAGGCCUGCGUUCAUCGUGAAAAAGGGGCGUAUAAAAUGUACGUUGCGCAACGUGUGAAAGUGCACUGGUGGCCCCUGUCACGUCACGCACGCGAUCCUGUUCGCGUACCCAAACUGAAGCUGCCUAUUUUCUAUGAUAUGGCCUCAGAGAGCGGCGUCGGUGGGUGUAAGGGUGCGAGUGAGCACACAGCGUUGCCGGUCGAGCGCGGGAUCACUAAGCCUAACGCGAUACAAGGAAGCAUUGCUUUCGCGCUGUUAUCGGUGAUACGCCAUCUGUUUGUCCCAGCUGCAGACGGGAGUCGUACGCUGCCCGCAUCCGCUUUUCGCCAGUGCUGUGGUGACUGUGGUGUGGCGUUCGAGCAGGCCGUUUCGGUCCACGCGUCCUGUAGCCACCCUCGUGGCAAAGUUCGAGCGUUGUGUUCGGCGAGGUCACCGCUAUCGCAUUCCGCCGCGCGCGCGUCUGUUCGUGUAAGUGAUACGCAUGCGCAGUUGUCGCGUUGACGUGACGGUCGUCCAAGGCAAAAUGAAAGGAUCGCUGAAAUUAACGUCUUACGAUAGCAGCACCGCGCGCAUUGCGUUCUAAGAGCAGCCGAAGACUCGAGCUACAAUAACAUUUACGGUGCCGAGACGCCCCAGAAUGACAAAUAUUUCCUGACGUCACACCGACGUGCCGGCUUUGUUGGGCACAAAAAUUUCAAACCGAGAAGUUCGGCCUUCGUUUUCUCCACUCGUAAUCAAUUUUCUUCCCCAAAAAAUGAAUGAACUUCAGUUCUGAAAGAAUGCUCUACCGGUCUAUAAACCGAUUCCCUGUUGCUGUUUGGGCUCAAUUUAAUAUUCGCAACUCAUGUAGCGCGCCGCAGUCGAACCCCUAUAUUUCUUUCUCUUAAAGUACAUUUCUUUUAAACUGCGACGUACACCACCACUUGUGUUUGCACCAGGCAUUUCAACAAACCGAAACACUUCUCAGCCCGUUUUUUUUUCUCUAGUGUUCCCGCUGCCUUUCACCAUAUACAGCGUAGGAACUAUGUCAAGUUAGGGCGGUUUAUGUACAGUUGUACUAGACGAUGUUUUUUUUAUUGCACAUAACAAGCACAAAUACACUACAUAUGACUAAUUCAUUAGUGACAUCAACGGGAGGCAUUUGGAGACGUAGUAAUAUGCAAUUAGCCAUUAUAGUCCGGGAUUCUAGUCUUAAAAGAACUGAAGUGAGGCAUAAAAAUCGUAUGCGGACCAUGAGCAUUUGCUGAAGAGACAUUAAAGACAUGUAGAUUGCGUACCAUCGUGUUAACACCGUCAGAGCUUAAGUUAUGGUCGCGCUGGCAUUUUAUGUUCCGUCGAGCGUGCGUCCGAACCCCGAAUCACGUGACGUUUCGGCACCGCAUGCACACUCUUAAACAUCUUGAGAGAGAAAAGUGAAAACGCGUAGCUAAAUCAAACUUAGGAGCCUCUGAACAAAGCGUCAGCAUUUCUGAAAGUGUGUCCCAUGAAAAAACUGCUCUAGCCAACGCAAUCCAAUGUUGAUCCAAUGUUGCAGAUUGCCACGAGUCAAUGUAGCUUGAAUUGACUAACAAUGACUCGUAUUGCACACUCAAGUGAGAGAGCCAUCGUCGCGACCAAGCAGGUUUAAAACUCCGGAGCUGCGACCACCUCAUUCCACCAUGAUGACGAAAUGAAAACACGUGAUUUUUGUCGCGUGGCGUAGCGUUUCCCGCUGCUGUCAUUAGGAGUGUAUACCCUGUAAAACCAUGACAAGCGGUUUGUUGAACGGCUCAUUCUGUUCAUGUUAAACUUACCGUGGUGUGCUCCUUUUUUUUAAUCAAACGCUCAGCAUUCCUUCUGCAUGUCUUACGCGUGGUUAUCAAACAGCUUGAACGUGCAAUUAUUGCUGACCAUUACCACCUUGGUAAAAGAACAUUUAUUCCUGGUUUCUGAAUCGAGAGUAACGAGUACCGUCGGUUUCAUCCUUCCUGCCUUCCUGAGGGCAGAAUGAAAUGCGCCGGAUUCGCGCCAAUAUAGAAUUUGAUAAAUCUUUCUCAUAGCCCCGAAGCUCGGGCAGUGACACUGCAGAAAUCAUGAAAGUCGAAUAUAGCCUUGCCUCUCCGUCGAACUAAGUUGCCAGUUUGUUCCACCUUCGUUGUUUGGCUCUACAUAGUGUAAUAUUUUAGGCAGUGUCUUAAGCUAGAUUAGACAGUGAGGCACGUCCAAAUUCCUCAGCACGCUUGGACGAAGCAUAAACAAUAAACUGUGUACUCUCGAAUCAUGCCCACAACGCUGAAAGCUUGAAGGCUGGCAAAAGUUUUCUGUGAAACUUAGAGUUUGCUAUGCUGGUCAAUUUAGUAUUCUUUGAUUUUUUUUUUCCUUUUGAACAGGCAGAGCAACACGCUGCCAGUGGGCCGGAAAGUCGCCGUCUUACAAAAUGCUAUUACGUCGUGCCACAUAGUCAAGCGUGAUAAAUUCUCAUCCGCUGAACCCGCACGUGAGAGAUGCCAAAAAUAUCUAAAAACCUGUGAGUGAAACGGUUGAUCACAUGCCUUUACGAACUUAGACUGGCUAUUCUCCAUGGUGUGUACGAAAGAAGGUACUCGCAUGCAUUCACGCUUGUAUCCCCGAAGUACCCCUUGUCGGUUUUUGCCAAUAACCUUUUCAGGAUUAAGAGCCAAUAAAUUUUGGUCCGAUGAGACAGUAGGACUUCUGGGCAUUAGGACUUUGUGCAUUCUUUAUUACGUCUUGUUUUUCUUGCUGUUUUUUUAUACUUGUGUAGUGUGGCACUUUUGGGUGGAAGGACUUCGUAUAUUCUUUAUUACGUCUUGUUUCUUGGGGGGGUCUUCUUCUUCUUUAUACUUGUGUAGUUAGUGAAAGCCCGUCCAGUAUGAAGGAGAACACCUUUAUUCAUUCAAGUAGGCAAAUAUAGAAGUUGAAAUCGCACUUCCUGGUACAUGAUUGGUAGUUCUCCUGUUUGGGUAUGUGCCUCAUGAUACACUUCUUGUUUCAUGGCAAACCAUUUUAUAAGAAAAUCAGGUGUUCCCUCUCAUAUUGGCCCACGCUGUAUGUAAACAGGCGACUAGAUGGCGCUUCCUUCGGACCACGUUGAAGUCCAAUUUCCUGUUUCGCCGGAAACCAAGCAGAGCCGAGACACCAUUAUACACGUAUAAUACUCGUGCGUUUUUUUGAAAUUUGUCAUCUUUAAUUGAGUGCUGCGGUCAUGUUCACAUUUUGAGAAACAUUCAGCACAGUGACUUGAGCGGGUUCAUUCGCGUUCACCUUUGUUCAUUUCUGAUUUUCGUAUUCUGUGUAUAAACACCAUCGAUCACACUGGCACACUAGAUCACUGUUUAAUUAUCCAAGGACAUAUAGCUGUGCACAGAUUACCUCGCGCAGUGAGCGUUUGUUCAUCCGUGAUGUGUGACUUCUUUUCCACUUAGGCGACGUGCAGAAGGAUGCUUCUGUAUAGACACAAUAUAGUUCUCGCUGUUGACACCGAUGCAGCUGCGAGGCGGCCCAUCAAACUUUUCGCAGUGCAUUGUUAUUUUUGUUUCGUUUCACUUCGUCCCUGCCAUAGCUUCCCGAGUGAUACUAGCGCUUAUAUGUUACACAAAACAACGUCGAAAACAUGGAUCAUUGCCGUGGCGCAGUGGCAACGUCGUUCCUCUGGACUCCCAAGUGUGUUCACUGACACUUAGAAACCACGAGACCAAAAAGGAGAAAAAAAAAACGUUUGUGGGACCCCCUUCACAUCUUUUUUCCUGCGGCCGUACAUUUCUAUCGCCGACCGCAAGUAGUCCAUAUGACCACCCCCGGCACACAAAAGAUGCUUAGAUUUGCCGGGAACUCGGCUCGGAGUCUGUACAGCUACAUAACAUGGUGUUUUAUUUUGUGUUUCUCUCUCGCUCUAUCUUAAACUUUCUCUUUGUCCCCCUUCUUUCAUGAAAGUGUCACGUGCUUUUAACGAUGUUGCAGUGUGUUUCUCAGCUUCCACAAUCCAGUGGCGAGUGGUGACCCUUGCCAAUUCCCAUGCUCCGCUGUUGUUGAGCUUCGGGCGCUGAACCCACUUGGAUGAGUGAUGAUGAAGAUGUUAUUGGUGAUGAGUUUGAGGUGUGCUGCUCUUCUUUUUUUUUCUUUUUUUGAGCGAAGCGUUCAGUGUUCAGUGUUGGAAAGCUGGGACUCUUCUUCAGUGCACCUCUAGCCCUCGCUCAGGGGUAGAUGUACCACGGGGUGGUUCACGCGCGAAUGUAUGACCUUUCGAUGACAUGUAUGUCAUGCCGCGAAGACAUUUAACAGAGCGAGAAAGAGAGAUGGGGAUAGAAAAAAAAAGAGAGAAGAUACAUCUGUCACACACCCUGCACGAUAUGUGGGUCCAUAGCUUUGUGUUUUGUUUUCCAUAGUGUUAUUUUUUUUUAUUUCGUUGCACCACCUCUGCAAAUGGUGAGGAUGGGCGAGACAACCUGUAAAUAAAAUGUUGAAAAGUAUAAGUUGACGCCGGUGCGGAAUUAAAAAGAGCUGAACCCUUGAAGAA